ACAGCCAGCCAAUUUUUCUGCUCAAGUGAAACAAGUUUAUAAGGCGGCUUACACACACACACGCACACAAACUUCACUCAAACUGAAACUGGACUCAACGCUCGUCGCUUUCAAAGCGAAGUCAACAGUUAAGAAAAAAAAAGAAGCUUUGCCAAGAAGCUGACAGGCCACAAAGCUAUGAAUCAUAGCACAACAGGUAACAACUGCAGCGGUGCCUAAAAUAAAUCAGCUUCUUCAGUGCAAAUAAACGUUAUGUAAAACACAACAAAAACUGAAUCAACAACUGCAAAAACAACUGAGACAACAACAAAUUUGAAGACAAAAAGAUCCAGACCUGAUCUGAUGUCCGGCAGGGAAAUGCGUCCCCUCUCGCUCUCCAUUGGCGCCUCGCUGCUGCCCAGCUUCUCGCUGGUGAGCGCAGCCAAUGGUCGUGCGGCAGACUCUGGCCAGGAUUGCCAUGGCAAGGUGUGCCAUGCGGUGAGCGAGUACUGCUCCAUGUUCGCCGAGAGCUGCAUGCCGUGCGCCGACAUCUGUGAUGCAAGCUCCCAUAACUAUCAUGCCGACACCUGUGCCAAGGAGUGUUCAGCCUACAAAAGCUUUGAUCCUCUGCUGGCUGAUAUACAGAAUCGGGUGGUGCCCAAGCUGGAUCAGAUUCGAAUUGUUUUGUUCAUCAUCCUAUUAUUAGUGUUCAUCAAUUAUAUGGUUAAGUUCCUGCGCUGGCUGGGCGUCAAGCGCUGCUUGCAGCGCUGCAUGGCCCGGCUGCAGUCGAAGGCACAGCCGAGCAAUGGAAAGGAGCUCAAUGGCAUGACCAUACAGAAUCCGAAUGCUUUCAACCGUGACAUUGAGCGGGCACCUUCGCAAAUCUACAGCGUAGCAGGCGCUGCCGAGGGCUCUGUGUUGACAAUGGCAACGCCGGUGAGCACUCGCUACCCGGCCGAGAAUAGCACAACACCAACAACUGUGGUCACCGAAAUCGGCUAUGGGCAGGGAUACGAUAAUCAAGCGAUGGUCACGACGCCUGUAACAGAGAAGGCUGUAACGGCUACAACGUCCACAACGGCGGGCUUCUAAGUGGCGCCAGCAUUAGCAUUGCGAGCAACAGUGUGCAUCACAUUGAAACUAGUGAUAUUUUUAUAUUGAAUAAUCGUAAGCAAAGUGUUUUCUAAUGAUAUUGAACUGCGCUGAAUGAAAAUACAUAGUAAUACAUACAUCUA